AUGCGCUCGCCCCAGCGUGAAAGCCAAGCAGCCCACAGACAGAGCCACGAGCAGCGGGGCCGGAAUGUGAACUACCCCCCACCCCCCAUUCCCCGGGCUUGCAUGCGUCGCACCCGCACGAUGAUGAUGGAUUUCGACGAGCGAGUUCCAGUCGGUUCCAAUAUGUACCUCCCCAGUUGCACGUACUACGACUUCUCCGCGGCGCUGCCCUCCUUUCUGUCCCAGAGCAGCUCCGCACGCCCGGUGACCUACUCGUACUCGUCCAAUCUCCCACAAGUGCAGCCGGUGCGAGAGGUGACGUUCAGAGACUUCUCCAGCGCCAUCGACGCGUCUGCGAAAUGGCCCCACGCACACCACCACCACGGCCACCACCACCACCAUCACAGCAGAGCCAACCUGCCACACGGCUAUCCACACGGGGAGGAGGCGCACAGGGACUGCCUCUCUGCGUCGCAAUCCGCCGUGGUGACCGACGUGUUUGGGAAAAACUCGCCUCUCACGGCUGCGUACCACAACCAGGGCAACUUCUACGGAGGAGUGGGGAGAAAUGGAGUCCUACCACAGGCUUUCGAUCAGUUUUACGAGACUGCCUACGACAACAGCGCGAGCAACAACAACAAUAGCAGCUCCAACACGACCGGCUCGAACGCGGGGGACUUCUCAGGGGAUAAAGGCAAAAGCAGCGGCAGCACCACCACGGCCCCAGAAAGCGAGGAUAACCCGGGCUCAGAGCACAAGGACCCGCGAGGGGAUAGCAGCAGCCCGGACCUGUCCACGGGCACGAACGCGGAGGAGAAGUCGAGCUCCAGCAGCGGGCAGAGGACGCGAAAGAAGAGGUGUCCUUAUUCCAAAUACCAGAUCCGAGAACUUGAACGAGAGUUCUUCUUCAGCGUGUACAUAAACAAGGAGAAGCGGCUGCAGCUGUCGCGCAUGCUCAGUCUGACCGACAGACAGGUCAAGAUCUGGUUCCAGAACCGGCGCAUGAAGGAGAAGAAGCUGAACAGGGACAGGCUACAGUACUACACCUCCAACCCGUUGCUCUAA